UCGAUCUACUUUCUUGGAGGGCACUUUUCGCACAGCCAUGCGGAGGAUGGAGACGAGCCACGGGAAGUGAAACAAUCACUUGGCAAUAAAAACAAACUGCAAGACAAUUUACGCCAAAAUUAUCGACGAUCGCAUACCAGUGUUAAGCGUGGUUUUCUCACUGUCUCAAAAACCUUGUACGUCCGAUGCCUUAUCGUGAAGAAAGAACAGGACAGAAGACUUAGUGACUUCAAGCGCGCCCAACUGCAUUUGCCUUCACACACUCGUCUAGAAAAUUUAAAGAAGAACCUGAUGAACCUGAUUUUAACUUCAAACACCAACAGUUUUUUAAAUGUGUCCUCCAGUGACGCCAAACUUCCGAAGUCAAAGUCUCAACACCCGGCUCAACCGUCCGCGGCCCCACAUUCUGGCUUCUGCUUAACCACAGUCACCAAAGGCAGUGAAACGUUGGUGGGGGCAAGUCUUGCGCGGCCACAGCGUCCAAACUACGCAGAUCUACCAUCGCUCAUUCUCGUACCAGACGAUAAAUGCACAACUCCACACCCUACUCACAACGUCCCGGCUGGACUGAGGCAGACGCGCAGAGACAAGCAACGAAGCCCACGGACAAAUCAACCACGUGCGUUGACCUCGACAUCUGGGAAUAUCUCGACAACCAUACAACCACGGUAG